GCAAACUUGCAACUCUUAUAGAUUCAGACAACGACCCGAAGAACAAGGCCAGACCAAAAUCUUUCACCAUGCUCGACGUCAACGACUUCAUCGCCGAGCGGGGCGGAAACCCUGAAAUCAUCCGCGAAUCGCAGCGCCGGCGCUUCGCCAAUGUUGAGAUUGUGGACGAGAUCAUUGCACUGUUCGAGGACCACCGACGAACUCAGUACAGCGCAACCCAGCUAAAUGGCAAGAUAAACGACGUCCAGAAGCAAAUCGCAACCAAGAAGAAGGCCAAGGAAAAUGCCGACGAUCUUCUCAAGCAAAAGAUUGAACUGGAGAAGGAGAAGAAGGCAUUGAUCGAGUCGGCAGCCGAAAAGGAUGUGCUGCUGAAAGCCAAGGUCAGGUCAGUAGGCAACCUGGUUCACGACUCUGUGCCCGUGAGCAACAACGAGGACAACAACGCAGUUCAGCGAACCUGGGCCCCCGAGGGUGUUACCGUGGAGAAGCGACCGGUUCUGUCUCAUCACGAGGUUCUCCUUCGACUUGACGGAUAUGACCCCGACAGAGGUGUCAAGGUCGUUGGUCACCGUGGAUAUUUCCUUCGCCAGUGGGGCGUCUUCCUCAAUCAAGCGCUGGUAAACUACGGUCUCGAAUUCCUCUCCCAGAAGGGAUACACUGCUCUCCAGGCACCUCAGUUCAUGCUCAAGGACUACAUGGCCAAGACAGCCCAAUUGGAUGACUUUGACGAGCAGCUGUACAAGGUCGUGGAUGGAGACUCAAAGAACGACAAGUAUCUCAUUGCCACGUCUGAGCAGCCCAUCUCCGCCUUCCACGCCGACGAGUGGCUCCAGCCCAAGGACCUUCCCAUCAAAUAUGCUGGCUACAGCACGUGCUACCGACGAGAAGCCGGUUCUCACGGCCGAGAUGCCUGGGGAAUCUACCGCGUUCAUCAAUUCGAGAAGAUUGAGCAGUUCCUCCUUUCCGACCCAGAGAAGUCUUGGGAAGCGUUCGAAAGCAUGAUUGCUGCUUCAGAAGAGUUCUACCAGUCUCUCGGCCUGCCUUAUCAGGUCGUUGCCAUUGUGUCCGGUGCCCUCAACGAUGCUGCUUCUAAGAAGCUGGAUCUGGAAGCUUGGUUCCCCUACCAAGGAGAAUACAAGGAGCUCGUGUCAUGCUCCAACUGCACUGACUACCAAUCCCGCGCCCUUGAGAUUCGCUGUGGAACAAAGGCCCAGACAGACAUCAAGAAGAAGUACGUUCACCUCUUGAACUCAACGCUGUGCGCUACCACGCGAACUUUGUGCUGUGUUCUUGAGAACUACCAGACAGAAGACGGUCUGCGUGUGCCAGAGGUGCUCAGGAAGUAUUUGCCUGGAGCCCCUGAUUUCAUUCCCUUCGCCAAGGAGUUGCCGAAAGAGACCCCGGCACAGAAGGCACUGCCGCAGCGGAAGAAAGAAGCAAACUAAAUGUAAAUGGAAAAUGUCAAGAUGGGAGCUACUACAUGUAUGAGCGGAGAUUAUUAGAUCAGCUAGUAAAAAAAGAGCACCAGUAAAUACCACAGCCUCAUCUUUACAAAGGAAUGCAUACUUCAAAAAACAAAAUCAUUCCCUAUUAAGCUAUUAGAAAAAACCAAACAAGUAUUGUCCUGGUACCUGUUACUAUUAUCGAGAUAAAUCUCCUAGUACGCGAAAGACAAAAUGAAACAUUCUUUUUGGAGACGAUCACCAAUGAAACAAAAAACAUGUAGCGAUGUCAUUAACUCAGAUACGCCAUUCCUCUCAACCCUUGUUCACUUGAGCAUCUUUUCCCUCGGUUUCCUUCCCUCUAAAAUAUUGAAAGCUCCCAGCCUCUAAACCUUGGCAGAUUUUGUUGCUUAGCUCUGUUUGCACUCGGCAGCCUCCUGCUUAGGCUUUCCCGACUCGUCGUCUUCAUCGGACUCCUCGUCGUCAUCAUGAUCUUCGCUCAUGUCAUCCUCGUCCUCGUCAUCAUCAUCGAAAUCGGGACCGUCCAUGUCAUCCUCAUCGAACUCCUCAUAGGCAAGAGCCUCGCCGGUGAACCAGUCAACAGCACGAGGAAUCAGUUUCUCCUUGAUAUCCUCACCCAGCUGGUAGUCCAACUCGAGACGCUCCUCGAUAUCGGAGGCAACAUCGUCUUCCGGAUCAGCAUCAUCGGUAGGGGGCUUAGGGGGGGAGAAGAAGUUGAAGAAGGACUCCGUCGGCACUGAUUUCUUAACGAUUCGGGUUUGCUUGGUGUUCUUGUUUCUCUGCUUCUUGGCUUCGACACGGACUGUCAAAUCCUUGCCAGGGUACCAGUUAAUCUUGUAGCCUUCAGCAUGGUCGUAAAUGAAGUCGCCACCGUAGCCGCUCUCAUUCUGAUAAAAGUAUGUCUUGGUGAUGGUCUUGUCUGAGAAAUAUUCAUUCUCGGCAAAUUCGAAAAUGAGACGGAAGCCUGGCUUGUCAAGAUACUCCAUGCGGAUAUCAAUAAGGUGCUUCAGCGCGGCCUCAUCCCGGUCGGUGAUCAUUUCCGCAAGCGUCACCUGGUUCUUCAUGGCAGACAGCCAGAAUUCAGGGAUACCCUGAACAUCCUCAGACGCCUCAUCGGUGGGCUGUGAAGGCUCUCCAGCGGCCUCAGCGGCCUCUUGUGAUUCUUCAUCAUCCUCAUCUCCUCGCUUAACCUCCUCCUCUGUAGGCUCGACCUUGCCAUUGACGAUGGCAGAUCGCUUCUCGUAAAGGGGAGUAAACUUGGCAAAGUAUUUCUUCUCAAGCUGGAGGACUUCCUCUUGGAACUCAGCCUCCAAUUUGGCAUGGUCCUUCUGGAUUGCUCGCAGACCCGAAACCCGACGGCGGACGGGAGCAGGGAGAGACUCGAUGUAUCCUGAAGAUUGUCCAAUGAGAGAGCCAAGUCGUCCUUGGAUCAUUUGAACGAGCUUGGGGUUUUGCGCCAGGAGGGAGGCGGCAGCCGCCCGCUCCAUGUCAUCUUCUUUGAUGCUGGCCACACCGGGCUGCUGGGCUCGGGAAGAUAUGGGCGCGGCGGUUGCUGGAGUGUUCUGCGGUGUAGGCGCAGUAGACACGUCAGAACGCUUGUUUCGAAUAGGCUCAGCCAUGGUGUUCGCUGGGCAAACAAAAAAUCAUACAAGGAGAAACUGAGGCUGUUGGGG